AUGCCACCAAAGCCUUCGACCAGUGCACAGGUCCUUGUGGAAGAGACGAAAAAGGUGCUCAAGGAGAAGAAUGUGGUCAAAUUCCAUCAAAUUAUUACGAAAUUGAAAAAAGUAAGAGGUCAUUUUACUAAGAUUUUCCAUUUUCUGUCGAUUUGUUACCUAAAAUAAUAUGAUUUUGCGAAAAUUUUUGUUGCGAUUUACUUUGACCAAAAAUAAUCGAUGUCACAUGGUGGAUGAAUAAAUUCUACGUCUCGAACUUGCAGAAAUGCUCGACAAAAGCGGCAGUUUUGGAGUUCUUUCAAGAGAAUCUCUCAUGUUACCAUGUGCUUCUGAAUGCGAUGGAUAUUCUGAUGUCCGGAGGAUGGAAGUUGAACGACAGUCCGCUUGGUACUGUCAUGUGCAAAGAGUUGAUCAGUUUGAUUGCAAACCUGUGCCAUUUUACGGUUACUGCGGCAGUUGAGGUGAGAAAUUUUUAUCCGAUACCUAGUGUAAUAUAAAUUUGUCGAUUUCUCGGAGAAUUUUGUUUGGAAUCAUAAUUUUUAUCAUGUAUAAGGUAAAAUAAGUUCUAUUCUUUCUAAUCAGAAAAAAAUUUCAGCUGCGGAAGUUGAAUGGGACCAAUUUUUCAUCAAAUUCCCUGAGGCUUCUGGAAUCAGCACUAGGCUUCAGAAAUGACUCAAUUCUGAAGGCGUCCUUGCUUCGACUCCUCAGUAAUCUGGCUGAUUACCGAGAGACAUGCUCUCUAGUCACUUUACAUUCGUCGUUGCUGGACAAAAUCGCGUAUAUGUUGAAUGAUACGGAAAAAAUUAUUUAUGAGGCAUCAAUCCGGGUGAUCAAGCAAUUGUCCCGACACAGGUCGUGUGUGAAGGUGAGGCUUUCUAAUAACCCUCUAGAUAUCACUGUUAUGCCUCGAGCGACCAAAGUUUUAAAUUUCCCCCAAUUCAAGCUAUUUUUGACAUCAAUAUGACACAGAAUUAUAUUAUCCAUGAGGUUAAUAUAAUUUCUAAAAAAAUUUAUUUAUAGCAUGUCGUAAUGUCAAAUAGCGCAUACUAUAUGGGUGUACGGAUCAAACAACUACCUCAGGGUGAUAUAAUCGAUGAUGUAAAUAUACUUUCGACCAUGGAAUUGCUCAGUAAAUCGACGUAUAUUCGAGAUUUUGGACGACAACUGGCUCAGAGGUGGGAUUUUGGUCUUUAAGUCUGUGUGGAUAGCCAUAAAAAGUUGUAAUUUGAAAUCUUUAUUGAUGUUUUUCUUCCAAAAAGUGUAAUAAUCUAUUUUUUAUUGUUUUAGCACCUGCAACGAGGCCUUGAUGAACAUUUUGUACAGUGAAAUCAAAGAGGACAAGGACGAUUUGCUAAAAAGAUGGAAGUCUCUGAUUGUGUUUUUAGCGAAAUACUCGUUUCAAAUGCGAGAAAUGUUCAACCAACGGGUCAUUGAAGAAGUGGUUCAAAAAGGCGUUCUGGACAAGUAUUUAUGCUCAUUUUUGAUCAGUUUUACUGUGGUAAGUCGUAGAAAGUUUUUAUAAGACCUUUCUGAUUAUUUAUUUUCGCUUUCCGGAGGCGUACAGUCGUUUUUCGACUGAGAGAAAGACUUGACCCAAAAUGGUCAAAAUGGGUCAAGUCUUCCUCUGAGCGGAAAAACUGGGCUAAGCUCUUUGCAGUUGCUGCUUUUUGAGAUUAUUGGAACAAAAAGGACAUUUAUAUGAUUUUAGGAGCCUUACGGCCGCUCGGCCCUCCGCCUCGGCGGCGGAAUCGACCUCAUUUUGGAGCGAAUGACCUCAAUAAAAAGUCUCAAAGAGCAAUCGGAAAUUGUCGCAAGCUUUAAGAACUUCAUCCACCAUUCGCCUGGACUCUCAUGGAUCUGCCAUAAGAGUCAACUCAUGGAAUUGUGCCUGAAAUUGAUGGAAGAAGUCCUUCAAGAUAAUGUAGUAGAACAUAAGAUCGAGGGUGAAGCUGAAGAUCAGCUGGAGGCGGCGGUUAGAGGAGAAUAUGACUCUCGAUUGUAUCCUUAUGAGACCAGUGCGGUGAGUAUGCGAAUUAGAGGACGUUUUGUGAAGGCGACAUUUUAUACGAAGAAUUUUUUUUUCGUAUAAAAUGUCGCUUAUUUAAAAUUUAUAAAAUUUUGAACCAAGUCGAUAGGCUCUUUCUAAGAGCGGCAAAAAUGUAAUAGCAUUUUUGUUACUUUUGGUGACAUUUUAUACGAAGAAUUUUUUUCGUAUAAAAUGUCGCUUGUUUAAAAUUUUUAAAGUGUGAACUAACGAUUAGUCAAUUGGCUUUUUCUAAGAUUAGCAAAAAUGUAAUUUCAUUUUUUUUUAUUUUUGGUGACAUUUUAUACGAAGAAAAAACUUUUCGUAUAAAAUGUCACUUUCUCCAAAUUUCUUAAUUUUAAUGUUGUCAUUAUAGAGAAAACCACCUCUCCCUUCAACGUAUCGCAACAGUUCCUACUCUCCGCCUCAGAAUUACAGCCCCGCCAAUUCCCCGUUAUAUCCGACUAGUCCAAUGUCAAUGUCAUCGUUAAGCCCCCUCUCAUCGCCUCCAUCGUCCAGCAGGGAUCAUAGCCCAAGCCCGGCCAGCUACUUUGGGUAUGCUAGUAACGACGAAAGCCCAUCGACGAAGGAACCGGAGGACAAAAGAAUUACGGUAAUUUUUGGGAUUUUCAGAUUUUUUUGGGAAACUCUUUUGUUUGAAGGGUAUCCAAUGCGAUAGGUAUCUAAAAAAGUUCUUGGUGAAGGGUGUUUCAGUAGUUAUUUCGUUUUAUUUCCGCGGUGGAGCCGCUUUUCUUUAUCAGGGAAAGACUUGACCCAUGUGUCAAGUCUUUCUCUCGUUGAUUUUUACGCUUUUUUGAUAAAUAAAACUGUAGUCUCUUUUUAAUAGAGAUGUCUUGAAUACCUAUUUUGAUUUUAUCGCAUAGAACCGACCCAUUUUCAAUGGAGGGAAAGACUUGACCAUUUUUGAGUCAACUGUUUCUCUCACUACAAUUUGGUCGAUUUCAGAUAAUCAACGACUGCAUGUGGCUGUACCGCUUCAUUUCCCACGACGACACUCAACUGGACUGCCUAAUUCAGCCGAAUGUCCUCAGGGGAUUCAUCCGAUACCUCGGGAAAUCGCCCUCGAUCAACGACAAGCUGGCCCACACGCUGAAAUGCGUCGCCCGAGUCCGGCUUCACAUUGCAAACUUGUUGGAAAUCCGUUUCCCAUACUUGCUGGUCUUCGAACUGAUCCGCCGACCCUGCUUGUCCACUCGAUUCGCGAGAAUUUGCAGCGAAUGCGCGGAGAAAUCGCGCUAUGGGUUCGAGAUUCUGAACGACUUUGUGAACGAAGUGGACUCCAGCUUCGGAAUGGGCGUCCUGAACAUGCAAAUCAGUUCGAUGGAACAAAAAACACACCUCUACGGACUGCUGAAUGGAUUGCUUUUGCUGAAAAGCAGCGAAAGGAGGAGCAGAUUCAGUGAAAGAGUCAAACCCUUGGAGGGGAUUUUUGAGUACCUAAAACAAUGUCUGGAAAAUGAAACGGAGGUAAGAUACCGAGUGAAAAAUGAUUUGGGGGUCAGGAAAUUUCCUAAAAGCCAUGAAAAUGCGGUAGAAAAUUUUUGUGAUUUGAAUUCCCGCCAAAUUUGGCAUUGUGUUUUAGAGGUGCGACAGGACGAAAAAAGGACUUGAGAAAGCUUGUGGGCGACUCAUUCAGAGUCGAUAUUACCCUGUAGUUCUAUUUUGGAAAGUUUGGAAAAUUAAAAUUUGAAUUCCCGCCGAGUUUGGCAUUGUGUUUUGGAGGCUGCAAUGGAUGAAAAAAGACCCGUAAAUACUUUGUGGGCAAGUUUUUGCCGGUAGAUAUUACCCUGUAGUUCUAUUUUGGAAAGUUUGGGAAAUUAAAAUUUGAAUUCCCGCCAAAUUUGGCAUUGUGUUUUGAAGGUUGAAAGAGAUGAAAAAAUUUUUGGAAAUACUUUGUGGGCGACUCAUUGAGAGUCUGUAUUACUCUAUGGUUCCAUUUUGCAAAGUUUGGAAAAUUAAAAUUUGAAUUUCCGCCAAGAUUGGCAUUGUGUUUUAGAGGUUUCAAGAGAAGAAAAAAGACUUGGAAAGACUUUCUGCGCACUUGCUGGACUCCUUAUGACUUUUGGGGUCUUUUGAAAAUUAAAAUUUGAAUUCCCGCCAAAUUUGGCAUUGUGUUUUGAAGGUUGAAAGAGAUGAAAAAAAGACUUGAAAACGCUUGUGGGCGACCCACUGAGAGUCUAUAUGACUCCGUGGUUCUAUUUUGGAAAGUUUGGAAAAUUAAAAUUUGAAUCCCCGCCAAAUUUGGCAUUGUGUUUUUGAAGGUUGAAAGAGAUGAAAAAAAGACUUGAAAACGCUUGUGGGCGACCCACUGAGAGUCUAUAUGACUCCGUGGUUCUAUUUUGGAAAGUUUGGAAAAUUAAAAUUUGAAUUCCCGCCAAAUUUGGCAUUGUGUUUUGAAGGUUGAAAGAGAUGAAAAAAAGACUUGAAAACGCUUGUGGGCGACCCACUGAGAGUCUAUAUGACUCCGUGGUUCUAUUUUGGAAAGUUUGGAAAAUUAAAAUUUGAAUUCCCGCCAAAUUUGGCAUUGUGUUUUGAAGGUUGAAAGAGAUGAAAAAAAGACUUGAAAACGCUUGUGGGCGACCCACUGAGAGUCUAUAUGACUCCGUGGUUCUAUUUUGGAAAGUUUGGAAAAUUAAAAUUUGAAUCCCCGCCAAAUUUGGCAUUGUGUUUUGAAGGUUGAAAGAGAUGAAAAAAAGACUUGAAAACGCUUGUGGGCGACCCACUGAGAGUCUAUAUGACUCCGUGGUUCUAUUUUGGAAAGUUUGGAAAAUUAAAAUUUGAAUCCCCGCCAAAUUUGGCAUUGUGUUUUGAAGGUUGAAAGAGAUGAAAAAAAGACUUGAAAACGCUUGUGGGCGACCCACUGAGAGUCUAUAUGACUCCGUGGUUCUAUUUUGGAAAGUUUGGAAAAUUAAAAUUUGAAUUCCCGCCAAAUUUGGCAUUGUGUUUUGAAGGUUGAAAGAGAUGAAAAAAAGACUUGAAAACGCUUGUGGGCGACCCACUGAGAGUCUAUAUGACUCCGUGGUUCUAUUUUGGAAAGUUUGGAAAAUUAAAAUUUGAAUUCCCGCCAAAUUUGGCAUUGUGUUUUGAAGGUUGAAAGAGAUGAAAAAAAGACUUGAAAACGCUUGUGGGCGACCCACUGAGAGUCUAUAUGACUCCGUGGUUCUAUUUUGGAAAGUUUGGAAAAUUAAAAUUUGAAUCCCCGCCAAAUUUGGCAUUGUGUUUUGAAGGUUGAAAGAGAUGAAAAAAAGACUUGAAAACGCUUGUGGGCGACCCACUGAGAGUCUAUAUGACUCCGUGGUUCUAUUUUGGAAAGUUUGGAAAAUUAAAAUUUGAAUCCCCGCCAAAUUUGGCAUUGUGUUUUUGAGACCACUGAAUGCCAAAAUAUGCCGCUUCGAAGGGCUAACACCAUCAAAAAUGUGUUUUAAAAAUCUUAUGACACUCUUUCAAUACCUUUUUUAUUUAUUUACUCUAUCGACUUUCCAUUAUAUAAAGCGGGAGAUAAAAGAUUUUCUGAAAAAUUUUUGAAAUUUUUCUGUUUUUACUUUUUUUUUGAAAAAAAAGUAAAUUUUCAGUUUACUUUCCGGAAAAUGCAAAAGAAAGUCAAUUUUGUUUCUGGCUUUCCGACUUCAAGGUCGGGAGUAGGAUCGGAUCUUACUCCCCGCUCGGAGUCGCGGAAAGUCAGAGCUUGUUUUUACUUUCAUCCUCUUUUUGGCCCCGCACUGCAGGUUGCAAGGUUGACGCCAAGUCUUUCACUGAUGUGUCAAGUUUUUCUCUUCCGAAAAAAUUAUUUUUAUGUUUGUGCGAUGUUCUGAAGCUAUGUUCUCCACGAAGAUGGGCUAAAAAGUGAUCAAGUAAGUUAGCAUUAGCAAGAGGGGAUGUACGUUUUUCAUUUGACACCAAAAUUUUCCCUUUUAUUUCAGAUAAAGGUACAAAAUUUUUCCAAUUUGUAAAGCUUCAUGACCAUGGAUAAUGUAAGUGAGAUUAUCUCGUUUUUGCUACGUCGUCAAGAUUCUAAGUCGGGAAACGUUUAGAGGAGACCCCACUCUCAUGUAUAUUCCCCAUGUAUGAAACCCCAUAAAUUUUGAGGAAUAACGACGUAAAAGUUUCAAAUACUAUACUAACUUUCCAAAAAGUAUGUUAUACGAAGGUAAAACCUAUGCAAACUAUCUUCAAGUUAUUGUAACAACGUUAUUUGAGCCUUACUACGUUAUUAACUCAGUUUAGAACGCCUUCGUGGCAAAAAUCCGGCGGAUCUGAGCGCAUUUCGAUAUUGCACAUGACACCUAGAAAUCAAAAUUGGUGGCGUUUGAUAGAUAGAGUAUAUAACAAAACUGAAGUGAGGUGUCCUCUAGAACUCGCCAGCCUAGAACUGUUAACUCCAAUAACGGAACAAAAACGCGAUAAGCGCACUUACAUUAUCCAUGGUCAUGAAGCUUUACGAAUUGGAAAAAAUUUGUACCUUUCUCUGAAAUAAAAGGAAAAUUUUUGGUGUCAAAUGAAAAAAGUACAUCUCCUCUUGCUAAUGCUAACUUACUUGAUCACUUUUCCGCCCAUCUUCGUGGAGAAAAUAGAUUCACAACUUCAAAAAAAUCAAAACGUUUCUUCCGGGAGAGAGAAAUUUGACACAUCUGGAAUUCCCGGGCGCAGCUCGCAAAAAUAGUUUUGAAGAAAAUAAAUUGGCUUGCGGGUGAGUAAAAACGGCAUCCUACUCACCAGCCAAAAUGGGCGAGCCAUUUUUGUUUCAACUUUCCGGAUCGACCUUUUAGCGAGCCAUUUUUGAUCCAACUUUCCAAAAAUUUGUCGUUCGGAGUAAGAAUGUUUUUUGACUUUCCGAAAUCGAAAAUUUCCGGAAAUUUUUCAAAAUUUACUUUUUUUUUAAAAAAAAAGUAAAAACAGAAAAAUUUCAAAAAUUUUUCAGAAAAUCUUUUAUCUCCCGCUUUAUAUUAUCCAUGAAGAACUAAUAUUCAAUUAGCAAAAAAAUUUGUAUUUUUAGAAAGAUAUCGAAGAAAACGAGUUGAUAAAGGACGUAUUGGCUGUUCUUGGUCUUCUGGUGUCCAGGCGGUACCUCAGCAAGGUCAUUGGAAAAGUGGAGGGAACUCAUGAACAUGAAGGAGAAUGUCAGCUACUGGAAGCUGAAGAAGGUGAACCUCAAGUUAUUUUUGAAAGCUCCAGCGGUGAAGUUCUCAAAAAAGUCAAGAAAGAGUAUUUGAAGACCACGAGGGGGUAUUUUCAGGUGAGUUUUGGGGAAUUUGUGCCUAAAAUAAGGUAAUUUUGUAAAGUUUUGAUGAUUUUUGGAAGUUUUUGGUAGUUAUCGGUUAAAAUUAGUGAAUUUUAGGCUCUAAUUCAUCUAUUUCAGGGGCUGGUCGACCAUAGUUUCGUUGAAAAUGCCUCGGAAACGAUCAAUUUCAAGGUGGAUUUGGAUGAAGAAGAAUAUGAUCAGAAAGAAUUUAUCACGUUUAUCCAUUAUCUCUCUGGAUGUAGAGACUCCGAUUGCGUCAAAGUGGACGAUGUUAAGACCUGUGUCAGCCUUUUACAUGUGAGUUUCGGGCAAGGGGAAGAGUUGACCCAUUUUUGGGGGUUUUGGGUCAAGUGUUUCUCUUGAAGAGAAAUGUGGGAUUUGAGGCUGGGCAAAGGUGGGAUGGAUGUUUUGAGGUUUGAAAAGAUUAAUGGGGACUUUUUUGAAGAGAAAAAAUUGGGAGAUUUAGAUUUUUGAUGUUAUUUUUAUGUUAUCCAUGAGAAAUUUGAUGAUUUUCGAUUGAAAUUCUUGUACAUAGGAUUUCUGAGGUGUAUUGUGAGUUUGAGGAGGCAUUUUAGACCGUAUUUUAUGAAUUUGGCAUACUUGUUUAAAAUUUUGAGCGGUUUUUUAUAUUAUCCAUGAUGGAUAAUAUAAAAUUUCCAUACAAUUUAAGCUUUUUAGAUGUCAAGGAAAUUUCAAAUGUUCUUUAGAGCUCAACACAGAUUACGAGAGGGAUUUCUGAGCUAUUUUUUAUAAAUUUUGAGCAUUUUUUUUCAUGUGUAGUAUAAUUUUUUUCUUAAAUUUUUUCCCGAUUUCUCCCAAAAUUUUGUCUAAAAACUCUCGUUACAGAUGGCGGACAAAUAUUUAUGCACCGAGCUCUCCGAACAGAUCCUCAGGACGGACGGAAUCGCCCGAAAAUUGAUCGAUGGCACCAGUUUUCUCGAUUUUUUGCCCGUAAUCCUGUCUUCUUGGUUGUAUCGCGAUCGAUUUGGGGACAUUUUGUCGUUGGUUUUUUUGAAAUUUUCGACAACUUCCCAGCAAAUCGAAGCUCUCAAAGCGUUGGCCGCGAAUUCUGUCUCCAUCCAACUGUUCCUCGACUUGUUAAAAAGCUUCGUUUCGAACGUCCAGCAUACAAAUCGCCCCGCGAUCGCAUGGGAUUUUUAA